ACUGUAAUAGUGAUAAAGCUAAAUGUAAAUGUUGUUUGGAAGUCUAUCAUCCACAACACAAUGAAACUUGUUCCAAACAACCCACGUGUGCUCAAUGCGGGCUGAAUCACCACUCUUUAGACCCUUCGUGUUUAGAGGUCAAAAACUACAGAUACAAUUUAAACAAAGCGGUCAAAGAGGCUUUAAAUGAUGGUGUAAUCCAAUUGGAUAAUAGGUAUUUGACGCAACAAAUACCUCAACAAAAUUUUGAACUAAGAAGGAAUGAGUUCCCAUUAUGGAAUCAACCAUUAAGUAAUAAUAAAAUGGAAAUGGAGAAAAGAAAUAUCAAUGUAUGGAAUACAACUUUCGAAAAUCAACAACCUUUAGAACGAUUAGAAAACAAAAUUGAUCAUAUAGGCCUGUUUAUUACAAAUACACAAGAAAUCUUGAUUAGAAUAGCAUCAGAAGCGAAAAAAACAGAAUGUGUUAUAAGUAAUACGUGUGAAAUUAUAGAAGAAGUCAUUACAGGAAUUAGUGAUCUAACGGAAAAAGUGUUAAAACCAAUGGCUAUUCGUUUAGACGAUCAAGUUAUGAAGAAGAAUGUAGAUGAUUUAGCAAAUUGGGCAUUAGUACUAAAUGAUAAAUUUAAGCGGGUAUUGAGAGAGACAAAAAUAUACAACGAGGUGGAAUACGUAACUAGACCAAAAGAUUUGUUAGAAAAUGUGGUUUAA